CUUAUUCGUAAUGUCAUACGUUCAACGAUUCGAUUCGGUCAGUUGAAUUUUUCAGCUCUUCAAUUCACCAAAAUAUUGGAAAUUUUUUGAAAACGAGCAAACUUUUCACGCAUGCGCGCAUAAUUUUCAUUUUUUUAUUUUGAAAAACACUUUUUAAACCUGAUACCCAUCAACUGGCGGUCCAUUGUGAUCUUCAUAGUCAAAGAAUUUCGAAGUGAUGUGUUUUAAAUUGUAAACUCCUCCAGUCCUAUAGUGUGUUUGGUUAAAUAUUUCGUUGCUUGUAUCGAGAAAUUGACCGGUGAGGAUUUUGGAUAGCGGCCAAAUCGUGUUUUUAAAAUUCUGCGAAAUUUGUUUACAAUUUUCGCGAUUAAAUUGCUCAGAAAAGUUUAUUUUUUGAGUUGAACUUGGGGUGUUGACCUUAUCGACUGGAUUCCUACUGCCGCACGAUCUAGAAUAAUUCGAAAAUAAUCUACUGAAAAAAAAGCAAUACUAUGGGCAAAUUAUUAAACGGAAAAGACCAGGGCGAAGGAGCCGUACGAGAAAUGAUUAGAUGGGGUGAAAGGAUGACGAGGGGUGCAGCGUCUCUUUCUAGUGUGAUGACCUCGUGCCGACACUCAUCCGGUUCUUCCUUCAACUAUAUUCCAGAAAAAGUGAAAUUCGGCGUCCCUUUAAAGCACGUUUGCGGCGAUCAUAUUCCCGGAGCUUUGCUGAUAUUGAUUCUUAAAUUGAAUCGCGAAGGACCGUUCAAAAAAGACGUAUUCCGAGCACCCGGUAACCAAGCCAGCGUCAAAGAGUUGAUUAGUUUUUUACAAACUGGUACCAUAUUGAACAUCGAACACUACUCCGUGUACACGGUGGCGUCGGUAUUGAAGAAAUUUCUCAGUAAAAUACCAGGAGGUAUAUUCGGCGAAGAGAUCGAAAAAGAGUUACUGCGAAUUGCCAAAGAAACAGAAGAUGAGACGGAAAGAGGUCAAUUAAUUCACGACUUAUUCACAUCGCUUCCUGAUCCAACUCAGAAAUUACUGACGUUGAUUUUCGGUACAUUGUCCGCAAUCGCUGUGAAUUCGAUAAACUCGAAAUCCUAUAUGAAUGCAACAGCAUUGGGAGUAUGCGUAGCACCAAGUUUCUUCGUCUCGUGUGGCGAUCAAAGCAAAGUAUCUUUGAAUGAUAUUGAAUCCUACAAGAUUGCAAUUUCAUUGAUAACAUUCAUCAUCGAGCAUUACGCCGAUUACGACUUUUUCGACGCGAAACAUUACGAAUAUUACGUAAAUAUCACCGGUAGACCAGCCAAAUUGUCUGUAGCUGAUGAAAUGAAACAUGACGAUAAAGAUGAUUCCAAAGAUUCGAAUCUAGACGCCUGUGCUAGGCUAUCGGUUAGUUUAGAAGGAAGUGGAGUAUAUGAGACUGGCGAAAGUACCCUGCUCGGUAACGGAGAUCGUAAAGACGAUAUGGUCGAGGCAUCCUUCAGCGCCAGUAGUUUACCUCAGGUAUACGAACGCCAAGUUGAGCGACUUAAAAGGCGUACAAACUGGUUCUUAAAAUUGGAUAAUAACGAAGAUAAUGAAAACAGUAACGAAGGAGAAAAUCUGAGCGUCAGUUCAGAAUCCCUUCCGAAGAAAGGCAGCCUACGUUCGAAUUCCAAAAGCACCAAAAGAUCGUUACGUAGGCGUAACACGUUCCGAGGAAGCGAUAGAUCGGAUAGAUCGACCACAUCGAUCGAGAAUCUGGAAACGUAGUCAUGUAGCCUACGAAGUCUUCAGCAUUUUUAUCGAAAAUCCCAGCGUCGAUCGAGUCUCGAAACUAUUCCAGUGAUGGAUGAACUCGGUUCUCAAAUGUUACCAACGCACGUUUCGAUAACUUUCUCAUACGUUUUGACGUAGCUCUCUUCUCCAGUGUUGCCAAUUUAGCGGUUUUCAAGCUAUUCCUAGCGAUUUUGAACAUAGAAAACCGCCAAAAAAUGUCAAUCUAGCGGCUAGCGGGAAGUCUAGCGUUUUUGACUUCAUGGCCACUUUUACCAUUUUAACUCACAAAUUCAGCAUUUCAGCUAAAAAAUAUUGAAGUUUUGAAGAAAAAAAAUCAAUGAAAUUGAACUUUUGUAAAACCCAUCCACUCAAUUUCAUCAAUUCUUUGGUAAUUUUUGAAUGAUUUCACUGUUUUUUAGUUUUUAGUUAUUUUUGAACAGUUUUAAAAUUUUAACAAAUUGAAUCUUCAUCAGUUUUGUAUUUUUUACAUGACUUGAGGUUUUAAAAAAAUGAUGAAAAUCUAGCGGGAAGUCUAGCGAUUUUGCUAUAGGGAAUUUAGCGGUUUUUAGCGGUUUUUUAGGAUCAAUCUGGCGGGAUUUUUCAAUAUGGCAUUGGCAACACUGCUCUUCUCUUCUCUUGUUUGUUUUUUUAUCUUUCUCCUCGCACCUAAAGAUCUGAACGAUGGGGUUCUGUAUAGUUUUUUCUUCCUUUUUUUUUUGUAUAAAUACGCGCGUGUAGAUCUGCGAAAAAAAUUUAAUCGACUGAAUAAGAUUUAAAAUCGAUACAUUCCACUCGUAUAUAAAGAUGUUUUAGAAACGUCGCGUUUAUUAUUAGCAAAUGCGCAUUUUCCCUCCUCAAUUUCACGCACCUGUCACGUGCUAAAAUGUAUCGACGGUUUACAUUUCGAGUUGUUUUCACAUCGAGCUCCUCCUGUGUUUGCAUCUGCUGUCAUUUUAUCCUAUCUGGUACCUCAUGUUGAGCCAUUCCAAAGAAGUGAUGACAAUAUCGUCGAUUACUAUUAUGCAUUUAUCGAUAUCGUAUAUCCUUUCCUUUUUAUUUUACGAUCGGUGUUUAUAUAAGAACAAAACCCAGUUUUUCGUGUAAUUUUUCUUUUUAAUUUCUUCUCAAAAGUUGAGAUUUAUGUGUUUCGUUUAGACGUUUUUUUUUCAUAAUUUAUUUCUCAAAAAGCACUAUUUUUUCUCCUUUUUUUGUACAUUUUUCUUCUAUGUUUUGUAAAUUACCUUGUAAGAUAGAUUUUUUAUCUCAUUAUUUUUUUAAGUCACUGUGUUUUUUUUCUUCAUUUUUUAUCAUUAUUUUGAUUCAAUGUUGUAUAAUUUUGCGAGUUACCCAGUCAUAAAACACUAGCAGAUGGAUUACUAAAGGGAAGAUAUUUUGCAAGUUGAGAUGUCUUCGAUCUGCUGUAUUUUUCGAUGGAAUUUUUGUACGUUUCUGGCCGAGGUUUCUCGAUGGUGCUCUCGUCUUGAGUAUUUUUUAAGACUCGAACAGAUUUUGCAGUAUUCUCCUCCCCUUCCUCAUAUUGCUAAUUUAUAGACUGAUCAAGUUAUCGGAGUAUUGGCGCUUGGCAGUCUUCCAUAGGGUUUUUUUUCUGAUCGAUGAUGAUUUUUUUUCCUACGAUGUGUUUGUGAUGAUGUCUCGAGAUGUUAAGGAAGUCGACUCAGGGUUACAAAAAAUACGAGACGUAUUUCGAAUACGACACGGCGUGAUUUUCGAGACAUCGCGUUACUGUGUAUUAUCAAAUCAGGGUUUCGCGUUUUUCUUCCUCUUUUUUUUUCGUUUCAAUUUUUUUUUCGAUUGCGAAGAAAUUCCGCUUUUCGAGCAGGGUUUUUUGAAUAUUGAUUUGUAAAUAUUCUCAAAUAUGUAUUGUUUCCUUAUUAUUUUUUUUUUCAUUGUAUUACUUUUACUGCCAUUUAUUUUUAUCAUUGUUUUUCGUUCAUCAAAAAACAGUUUGAAAAUGUAAAAAAAAAUAUUAUAUCAGUAGACUUAGUUCGUAAUGGUAAUUACGUUGACUGUGAUAAGGUAUUUUUUUAAAAAUUUUAUUUAAUUGACAACUGUUUUACUUUCGCUUAUUAAACAAGUCGAUGUACUUUUUACCAAGGUUACCGCACGUGGAAAACUUCUUUUUUUUUUGCAAAACGCAUUUUAUGAAAAUUGAUUAAACCAUAGGAAAAUAAUUACCAUUUGACCAAAAUAUUUUGUUAUUCUCUGAGAAUAAGUAUCGCAUUUAAUGGUUCGUUAUUCUGUGUUGUAAUAAAGCAAAACAUUUUUUUUUUGUGUAUGAGGGUUCUUCUUUUCUUGGUGUGUUUGUGUGAAGACAUACUCAACGACUAGUCUACAAAAAUUUAGUAAUUAAUUUAUUGUACAUAGGAAAUGUAUAUGUGAAGUUUUUUUUCAUCACUCGGUGUGUAAAAACAGCUUUUUCCUUUUUUUUUUGUACUUGGGUUUUUUGUUUUUGGUUUUUAUUGUAAAAGAAUUCUCACGUGUUUUAUUAAAAGAAGAAAAUUGAUUAUUCGAUUGUAUAUGAAAUUUUCAAAAUGGAUAUGUCGAUGUGUUAACGAUAAGUUUUUUUUUCAUAACUUCGUCAAUUCUUAUCUUUCAAUUUUUACGCUGUAUUUGUUUUUAUUUUUUUCGUUUGUUUAUAAAUUUUAUUGUAUGGAUUAAAUUUGAAAUGCUGCUUAA